CCAAUAUUCGUACAUGGAUGAACUUAUGUCAUGGACUUGUCAAAAGAUAAAUAAUCCACAAUAUUCAUGUGAAUCGGAUCUUUCAGAUACGAUGACUCUUCUUGAUUAUCCCAUUUGUACUCCAAAUGACGAUGAUAAAAGUCUUAACAGAACUGGAAUGGAACUCCACGAUGAUGUAUUCCACUACCACAUUCGAGUACCGACUGCUUCGCAUCACAGUUGUAUUAGGUACAUCUCUGAAGCCAUUCAUUUCGAAAGUGAUUUAUUCUCAAUCGUUGAUCUUCGCACAGAGUUUGAAGAAUCCAGAACAUCGAAUAAGGAGAAACGUACAGGAAUUCAGUUUGAUGAAUACUCGGACGUUGUGCUCUUCAAUUACCAGACAUGUGUCAAGUCAAAUGAGACUAGUCCAGUGAAAUUUAGCACAAAGAAGACUCUGCACAAAUCAUGUUUGAAGAUGAGCACACAUGUCACUGACCCUCAUUAGAAACAGAUGUAUGGCAUUUCUUCUGCUUCACGACCAAAGAACCGUUAGACAACUCGAUAAGUUGCAUAAUACAGGUGAAGCAAAUCGAUGUUACAUGAAGCAUCAACGGUAAGUGGAAAGGGAGAACCACCCAGUGAAUAAAGCACCCACUUACCUGUGAGCACUACUGCACCAGAACGUUCAAAUAAACAAUGAACCUCCGCGAGCUGGUGUAUUACCCUGGUUUGAUGCCAUUAGAGACAAGGUCCCCAAAGAGGGCAAUAUUGGUGCUGGUGUCUGGAUGAUUUGAGACACUUCAGCCUAUUGAUACUAAGUGAAAUGAUUCAUCGCUGUUAAUCCAUGGGCUCCGGUCAAUACCGCAACUUCUGAC